GGAGAGAGUUGGAGAAAGAAGAGGUAGGGGAGAGAAGGAAACGAGGGUUAAAGGUACAUGAAGGAGGAGAGAAAGGGGGAUACAAGGUGGAGAAAAGACCUCAGAAGGAGAGAGAACCUAGAGUAGGGAAUGUGGAAGGGAAGCAGCCCAGGGGGUAACCAGGAAGCAGCCAUGGAGGGAACCAGUGGAGCACUGGAAAGACAGGGGAACUGGGGUCUGGAAGAUGCCCCCAGCCUCUUGGCCAUGGCCUCCCUGCCCCUCGUGCCGGCAUGGCCCUUGCCCCUGGCCUCCUCAGCCUUUACCCUGCUCCUUGGAGCCCUCACUUCCCUUUUCCUCUGGUACUGCUACUGCCUGGGCUCCCAAGAUGUGCAGGCCCUAGGGGCUGGGAGUCGGGCUGGAGGUGGUAGUGGUGAGCCUGGGGGAUGCUCUGAGGCUGGCAGGCCAAGCCCAGGGGGCCCUGGGGAGUCUGGGGAAGGACCCAGGACAGAAGGCCUGGUGAGCCGUCGCCUUAGGGCCUAUGCCAGACGCUACUCCUGGGCAGGGAUGGGGAGGGUGAGGCGGGCGGCUCAGGGAGGCCCAGGCCCUGGGGGAGGGCCAGGGGUCAUGGGCAUUCAGCGCCCAGGCCUGCUUUUCCUGCCAGACCUGCCCUCCGCCCCCUUUGUGUCACGGGAUGCCCAGCGGCAUGACGUAGAGCUCUUGGAGAACAGCUUCCCUGCGAUUCUGCGGGACUUUGGGGCUGUGAGCUGGGAUUUCUCAGGGACGACCCCUCUGCCUCGGGGCUGGUCCCCGCCGCUGGCCCCUGGGUGCUACCAGCUCCUGUUGUACCAAGCCGGUCGGUGCCAACCCAACAAUUGCCGUCGGUGCCCCGGGGCCUAUCGGGCACUGAGGGGGCUGCGGAGCUUCAUGAGUGCCAACACCUUUGGCAGCGCUGGCUUCUCCGUCCUCCUGCCGGGGGCCCGGCUUGAGAGCCGCUGUGGGCCCACCAAUGCCAGGGUCAGAUGCCAUCUGGGCCUGAAGAUCCCCCCUGGCUGUGAGCUGGUGGUUGGGGGUGAGCCCCAGUGCUGGGCUGAAGGGCACUGUCUGCUGGUGGACGACUCCUUCCUGCACACGGUAGCUCAUAAUGGCUCCCCCGAAGAUGGGCCUCGUGUGGUCUUCAUCGUAGACCUCUGGCACCCCAAUGUGGCUGGGGCUGAGCGCCAGGCCCUUGACUUUGUCUUCACACCAGACCCUUGAAGGGGUUCCCUUCAGACACCUGAGCUGGCCUGAGUAGUGGCCAGGAUGUCCUCGCUGAGGCAGGGGGUGGGGGGGCUGCAUUGGGAACAGGCGGGUGAACACUGAAAUACAGAUCUCAUCUCCUCUCCUCA